GAGGAGCAGGGGAAGGAUAUUAUGCACAGCCCAGCGGCUGCAGACUGAAUCUCUUGUCUUCAUUCUGUUAGAGGAAGGGCUAUGGACCCGCUCAAUUUCAGCAACACCCGUGUUUAGAUUUCCAGCAUCACAGAUCCGCUGUCGGAGAGAGAGAGAGGGGAAGAGAGAGAGAGAGAGAGAGAAUGGACAGUAACAUCUGAAGGUGUGGCAGACCGUAAGAGGCGAAGUCUCAACAUCAGGACUAUGAGAAGGAAAUGAGAAGCGGACUAGAAAGGGACCCCUCCUGGUCUGCCUAGGGUCCUCCCCAGAAUCUCUGACCUUGCCGUUGUGUGAAUGGUGCACGGAGUAUGCUGACCAGCAGCAGGAGGUGCUUGGUGUGAGUCAGUUUCAACUCAGCCUCGGCUCCUCCGGUGUUAAACCCGUUCCAGGUUAAUCUUUCCUGCUGCCACUGCCUUCCAGCUCGGUACCAUGGGGAGAUGCAAUGGGCGCUGCACGUUAAUCGUACUCUGCAGUUUACAGCUGGCAGCUACUUUGGAGAGACAGAUCUUUGAUUUUCUGGGCUAUCAAUGGGUUCCUAUCCUGGCCAACUUUUUGUACAUUAUGGCAAUCAUCCUGGGUAUCUUUGGAACCAUCCAAUACAGACCCAAAUACUUAGUUAUGUAUGCAGGAUGGCUGGUGCUGUGGGUGGCCUGGAAUACAUUCAUCAUUUGCUUCUAUCUAGAGGUUGGGCAGUUGUCACGGGACAGAGACUUUGUCAUGACCUUCAACACCUCACUGCAUCGCUCGUGGUGGAUGCAGAAUGGACCCGGCUGUGUGGCAACACAAGUGACUUCUGCUGACCAGGCUCCUGAAGACCAUCACGUUAUCACAGUGUCAGGCUGUCUCCUUGACUACCAAUACAUUGAAGUCACCAGCAGUUCCUUACAGAUCCUCCUUGCAUUGAUUUCAUUGGAGGAUUUGAUUCCUAUGGCUACCAAGCCCCACAAAAGACCUCUCACCUACAGUUGCAGCCUCUGUACACGAUUCCAUCCAGGAACACAGGGCAGAAUAAACAGGGGACGUCCUGGUCUUAACGAGGCAGGAGCAGAGAACGUGAGCCACUGGAAGAGUCUGCACCAACUGUCAGAAGCAGACACUGUUCGGGGGAUUUUGUUAAACAAUGAGAAUGCUCCAAGAGGCAGAUGGAAAGAGAUGGAGAGAGAGAGAGGGAGAGAGAGAGAAAAGCAGCAGAAGGAUUUGUGGGGGAAUCAGACAACAAAAGUUCAGCUGUAACGGUUGUAAAUUUCAUAGAUACUUCACUGAAACCAGAGAAUUUGCUAUUUUAUAGAGUUAGAUAGAAAGUACACUGGCACCCUCUGAUGUUCAAUGUUCAUAAUGACUGGCUGUAUUCACAAAGCAGUUCUUCCUUUGCGAGAUCUCCCUUUGAAAUGCAAGCGUCUGAGUGAGACCUGCUUCCAUGGAGAUGAGUGAGUGGAGGGAUGCCGUGUGGGAUGGUAUGGAGAAGGAGGGUGGUGUAGUAGGGGAUGGGAAUUGCAGAGUUUAUUCACUCCACGGCCUUUCCAGUCCUGGAGGUUUGAUGGGAACGUGUCUAGUUGGGAAGAGCCACUUGAGAUCUUAGCCACCUUGGUGAAAGGCUGUGAGAGGCCCAACUGAAAACCCCAAACACUGGAGAUCACAGUGGGUCAGGCAGCAUCCACGGAGAGAGAGCAAGCUAAUGUCUCCAGUCGAGAUGACUCUUUAUCAGAGGGGAAUGUGAAACCCCACAGUUGUUAGCAGAGGCACCAUUAGUCAAGGUUAACAGAGUGAGCCCACUGACAUAGACUGGAGAAGCACAUCAAACCCACUCAGCUCCUAGAGACAGGAGACUGCCUGUGAGGGUUCUCCCAGGUUUGUUCUGUCUGUUGUUUGCUUUCCUGGAGGCUGGUGAUUGUGAGCUGCACUUUGCGUUAAUAUUUAGAAGGACAGCGUUGAUUCAAUUGUAGAACAACCCACAUGGUUGUGGACCCAGUCAGUGAAUGGGAAUCCAACAGUCACAUGAUGAUGCAGUGAAUACCUGGGAGUUGCUUGCCAAUGUUGGUCUUGAAAGACCUUAAUGUGGUUGAAUAUGGGUGCUGUGUGACUGUGUGGUGUGUGGGGUUCGAGGAAUAAAUACAUGGUAUAUAUUCAGGCUUUAGGUUGGAUCAGACCAAACAGAUAAAAGCCUCCACAAGAUGGAAUUGCUGAUAGCUGGCUUUAGGCUGAAACAUUUUCAUUCCUUUUAAACUUUGUACUGACUGAACCAAGACCACAUCAUGCAAAUUUAUUCCCAUCGCUAAAAUGUGAUUGUCCUAUUGGUGCUGUCGAAUGGUUCCUGAGAGUUUGCAUAUCAAUAUAAUCUGGCUCUGCUUCAGAUAAUUAUGGCACAAAGGUGAUAUUACAGAAAGCGUAACCCAGUACUCCACAGACAGGAGCUCAAAUCCCACCUGGUGGAGUCGAAAAUGAAAAGCUUGUUUCAGUAUAGGGCUAACUGGUUCACUAAUGAGCUUGAUAUCUUUAUAGUUGGUGGUGUAAUAUGGUUAGUGGUGAUGUCAACAUUGGCGCUACUAUACAGUUUGAGAUUAACUUUUGAUCGGUGGUGUCAGUGCCCCAGUUCCUUGCUUUUUGCUGAAGUUUGUUGUUAUUGGAUUCUUUUCCACAAACAAAGACAUGUUGGUGCCUCUCAAAAAACCCCACAAAACUAGCAUCAAACGGAAAAAGUGACCUCCAGACCAAGAUGGGGUUCUGGAUUGAGAUGGACCUCAGGCUCGGUGAGCAUACUGUCUUUAUGAACUUUGUUUUGACUUUUACUUCCAUUCCAUCAUGUCUUAGUCACCACUGCCACUAUCUAAAACAGAAGGUUUCACAUUCAAAGCCAAUUACUCUUGCUGGCCUUUCUCAUCUGAGGUAAAAAGGCUUGGAUGCUACCUGUUCUUCCAGCACCACUCCUAUCCAGAAUCUGGUUUCCAGCAUCUGCAGUCCUCGUUUUUACUCAGUUAUAUUCUAAUUGGCAGCUCGGGCACCAUUUAUUCUGAAUCCCACAACUUGUUCAAUGCUCAUCUUCUCCCGUUUCAUUUGGGAGAGAGGUGGCAGUCGAAAUGAUUGCAGACAGUGGCAGGUGGGAGAGUGACCAAACUAACUUUCUUGCCUUUUGUGCAGUGUGUUUGUUUGAGGUUUGUCUUGUUCAGUGGGGGAUUGGUCGGUGGGUAGGUUUGCAAUCUCAGUAUUUUGGCUGCGCUCUGUAUCCAGUUCCUUGGGCCACUUGGUCUUUGUGCUGUUUGACAUUUCUAGACCAAUGAGGUGAGGGUGGGAGGGGGUUGCUAUUGGCCAUGGUUUAGUAGUUUAGGAGCCGAUCUGUUUAAUAUAUCAGUUUCUAAGCAGUUUGGAAAUCCAGUAUCUGGUUGUUUACUGAAUGUAUUUCUCUGUUUUGGUGGAAGAACGAUAUGACCCCUGUUGGUGUAGAGAGGUCCAUGCAUUGACCUUUAGCUAGCUUUGAUAAACCAGAGUUUGAAUGCUGCUCAAAUUGAAGCUGCUCUUUCCCCCUUUCACCUACUUCCCAAAUGGAAGCGAAACUGGUUAAUGAGAGAAACAAAAAGACGGACCUUGAUCCUCCUUUGUAUUGAGGCAAUAUUUGGCUGAACUGGGGACCAAUUGUUCAGCACCUGUAGCCACUUCCCUCCUGGCUUGCUAAAUUCAAGAUACUCUUUCUCAAAAAAAAGAGAGUGCUUUUUGUCCUUUUAAUGGUUACACACACCAAUUUGGAGUUCAGACGAAUGAGAGGUUAUUUCAUUAGAAUUCUUCAAGGGCUUAACAAGGUUCUGAGAGAACGUUUCACCUUGCGGAAGAGCCUGGGACCAGAGGGCACAAUCUCAGAAUUAAGGGGCACCAAUCUAAGAUUGAGAUGAGGAGUAAUUUCUUCUCUUGGAGUCUCUGAAACUCCUUGCCACAGGGGGCUGUGGAGGCAGACUCCCUGUGUAUAUUUUAAGGUUAAGGUGGAUAGAUUCUUGAUCAGUCAGGGAAUCAAGGGAUUUGGGGAAAGUGCAGCUGAGAAGUGUUGGAUCAACCAUGAUCCUGUUCAAUGGUGAAGCAAGUUCAGAGAGGCCAAAUAGCCUAUUCCUGUUCCUAUUUGUUACGGUCUAAUUUGCAGGGUGCUUCAUCGAGAUCUUCUGGGUUUAGUCUGCAUCCACUCCAGCUGAGGGGAUCGAAGUGAGCAACAUUUCUGGGGCAACUCUUCCCUCAAAACAGAACUGGGGACACCCUGGGUUCUGGAAUCCCCUAUGUGGAGCUAGGCCAGGUUUUCCCUUGGUAUAGCCCUGAGUGAGCUCAAUAAUGUCAAUCUUCAGAAAGACCUGAACCAUCCUCAGAGCUGGGAUGGUUGAGGGUGUGGGAGGGGGGGUUGGAGGCCGGUACAUUAGAAGGGGAUCACUCAGAGGGCAGUCGUUUCAGCACCUCGACCAUUCUGAGACCUGUUAUGUGAAUACAGCCACUGGUCCAGACGCCUUAAAACUUUUUUUGAGAACUACUGAAUGUGUAUCACAGCUUUUCUGCCACACAUUAUCUUUGAAAAUGU